GUCAUUAAGGUGUUGUCAAAAGGAGCCCUGUAUGUGUGGGCUGGUCCCGAGGUUUGUGGUUUUAGCUUUUCAAAGGCGCGGAGCUAUUAUGGGCUAUGGGAUCAAGUUCGGGGAAAACUAGUCUUUAUUAUCUUGAAAAAUGGCUUUGUAACAGGAGGCGCCAAGGAGCUUAAGUACACAUAGCUCGCACACGGGAGAGAAAAUGAAGAAAGUUCCUCAAGGGUUUGAUUUUAGUUUCCUAAACGAGGAAGAAGCCAGGAAGAUCCUCCAGGUACUGGAAAGAAAUGAGGAACUCCGGAGGGCAGAGAAGGACAGGAUCAGCAAACUUCAAAAGACAAAGAGGGAUAUCAGGUGGCUUCAAGGAGCAACUGGUGAAUGGUUUGAAGAAAUUCAAAGAAAGAAGUUUUGCAAUGAAACAGAUGUUAACCAGAUGUUAAAACCACCACUUACAUAUAGGCUACAGAAGGGGAUGGCAAAAAAUGAUCCGAUGGAAUUACAAACAUCAAGAUCUAAAAACCUAAUAAACCAAAAACCAUCUGUUUCUUCCCGAAUGAGCUUUCGGUCAUCCUUCGCUUCACUGUUCUCAUUCAGAAGAUCUGGGAAGGAGUCGCAGAGACCAAGCAGGUGCGAUGAGCAUGUAAGACCUCCAGCAUCUGUGAGGGGGACAGCCGCGGCAAAACUGUAUACUUCACCUGUUGGGAGUCAACCCGUCGCCAGUGUGUUUGUUCCUAAGGCAGCCAUCAUGAGGGAGGAGAGCGGCAUGCCCCCACCCUGGGACACUUCCCUGCUGGAGAGGGAGUUUUUCCAAGUUUUAGAUGACUUGGACAGCAAGCUGGCUGAGGAACAAUCUGCAGGCUCGAUGAAUGCCAGAAUUCCAUUCAACUAUGGGUCAAGAACACAGUUCAAGCUGUCUCACAGGACCAGGCAAGGUCAUGGCACAGGAAGGCACCAAAACUACCACAGCGAAACUUCCAAUAUGUCUAUCUAUGACAUCCUAAGACCUGGGACCCCUAGAGAAGGCUUUAAAACCUUUUCUCCUAGGACCAAGACAAUUUAUGAUAUGUAUAGGACCAGGGAGCCCAGGGUCUUGAAGGAAGACUUCACGCUAAAGAAUGCAUUUGGUAGCGCAUCUCUGUGCUUCGACAGCCGGCAGAGAUCAGCCUCACCUGUCGCAGGGCGUUUCACUGCAAGGAGUUUACACUUCCCAGCCGACACUCAAAACAAGACUAGUUUUACGCCAGUGAGACACCAGCAAAGCCCCAAAAGGACUCCUUUAUCAUCCAUCAUAUGGAAUAGGCCAGAUGCUUCUAGACACAGGCAGGAUCAGGAAGAGUCCCUGGGGAUACCAGCACCCAUGGACAUUGACCCUGCCGAGCAAUAUGUGUCUCCUAGGUACUUUCAGGAAAAUAGGAGGUAUGAGGUGUGCCAUUCACAGAACGCCUACCAAAGCUACCCUUUUAAUGUCCCCGUGGAUAACGCAAUGAGUCCUGACGCGUUGGAGAACUCAGAGAAUAUGCCAUUCUACCGUCAGAACAACCCGUUUGCAAGGUCUUUCUUUAGCAGUACCUUCAGACAGAGCAGAGAACAGAGAUUUGGACAGAAUUCUUUUUGGAGCCGACAGGAAGAACAUUCUUCCUGGUCUGACUUUCCCCAGAGCAGGAAGCCAUUCCCUUGUUCUGACAAGGACUUUGAGAUGAUUUCUGUUGACGCAAACAGGGUGCCAUCUGCUUACAGCCAUCAUGUCCCUUCUCAGCACUGGAGGCCACGUUCUCCCGGCUGUGGAACAUACGUUUUCAGAGGUCAAGAAGAUGCACAUUGCUGGCGAUCUGACCUUCAAACAUGCCCACUGGAGAACAUGGACACCUCACAAGUUAGUGAGAACCAGUUUCCACCCCAUUUGGUCACACCGGAUGGGUUUUCUGUAGCUGACUCAAGCUGCCCCGUCCAGUCGUCUGGGCUGGACUCUCAGCAGGGUUACUUCCCUGUUGAAGAGGCUGCACAUGAGGACCCUCGUUUGUUUGGCAAGGCUCAGAAUCCAGUUUCUUCAUUCAGAACUCCCUUCCCCCUGAGUCCCGAUCACAGAAGGGAGUCUCGGAGUUCCAGCUUCCAGAAUUCCACAGCUACUUUGCAGAAAGUAAUCCCCAAUAAACCAGACUCGCUUCCAAUAAGAAACUGUGUAGACGUUCCUGUGGCGUGUAGCCAUUCUGCUGAAUCACCGUCUCUUACUGAAACCCAGCCCAACGUCCCAGUCACAGAAACGAACAGUGAGAAAGACAUGGAUGUGUCUAUUUCAGAGGAUGAACAGCUGAACAAGAUGGAACAGAAGAACAGGCCAACUGGGUUACCCCAGUCUGUUUCACGGACAGUGAUCUCUAAUGACGUACCUGAUUUUCAAAAUGCCCCCUCCCAGGACUCAACCCCAAAUGACAGGUAUGGUUUUAAUGCACCUGCCACAGAACAUUCCAGAAGAUCACCCAGGGUCUUUUCCAGGAAAGGUGCUUCCCAAGUUCAUACAACACAAAGAGAUCAAAGCGAUGAACUGAGCAAAAGUAAAUGUUUUUCUGGGGACAGGAGACUUGACUCAGCAGCUUCUCUGCCUUUCAUCCAAGAAAGUGGAACACCCACAUCUCUUCCCAGCCCAAAUCAAGGUUGUCACCAGAAAACCGGAGGUGAUGAAGACAGUUCAAGCACCAUUAAAAAUAGCCAUUGGUGCUUUGAACCCAUCACUAACCAAAAUUCACAGCCUCCAGAGGAGACUAUUUUAGAUCUUGGGCGACAGCAAGGUCCUUCCACUCAUUCCACCGAUGGCAGCAAGCUGGCCGCUGGGCACAGCGUCUCACGAGAUCCCUUACAUGUGUCAUCAGAUGCACCCCAAGAUUCUUUCUUUAAUGCUCUGCUGGUGCCUUCCACUGCAGUGUUCUCCAGGAGCCUUUCAGACCAGGAUUCAGGCCAAGAACAAAGAGAAGAAAAAGCUACCAAAAGCCAAAGUAGUCAGCUGGCUGUCAGUUCUACGGACAAGCAAGAGAGUCACGAUGGGCCUGCACUUCUGCAUGAUGCCAUUCACUGCCACCCAUACUCUCCCCUCAGGAACGGGAGGGGGAAGGGAAGAGUAAGGCGCCGUGUAUCCUGCAUCGAGAAACUAACCAAGACAGAGAGUAGAGAGGCACCCACAAGAGAAGGCCAUGGCUGUGCUGAGGACCAAAGCAGCAGCAAAUCUCCUGAGCUCAACACAGUCUACUGCACCCUGCCAAGAAAACCCGCCAGCUUUCUCCUACACAGCGGACAGCGGGAAAGUAAGGCUGCUUCAGUUAGGAAUGGGCCACUUCCGUUCCAAAUAAAAAAUAAAGCGGAUGUUCCCACUGGAGAGAGCACAUCUGACAAGUCAGUGAGUGAUGCUGCAAAUUCAGUCAUGGGGACACCCAAAGCCACCAAGAGGAUGACAGAUAUGAAAGCCAUUAGAUCGGCCUCGGUUAGGAAAGGGCCACUCCCUUUCCUCAUCCAGAGGGCGGUAUCAUGUCCUUCAGGGGAGACGUGUACCUUGGCUGAAAAGUCCCCAGUCCUGGACAUGGGGACUGUAAUACCCAGGCCUGGAGGGAGAAUCUUCAACUCUCUGGAAGAUGACUCAUCAUUUAGAGAGAGCGCUUUCUUCGAAAAGGAACUCGUUCAAGAACACACGGGGAAGAAGAGUGAGCCUCCAGCCCCCAGAAUGAGCUCGUUUACCGUUUUAAACAAAAACCCUGAACCUUUUUGUGCUGUUGGAUCAGGAAGAGAGAGUGGGAAGGCGUUGCACAAGUUUAAGACAACUAGCAUGUUUUCUGUCUCUGGUGAUGAAGAGAACAUAAAGUGUCUUGAGGUGGUUUCAAUAUAUUAUACUCUACCCAGGAAACCCAGCAAAAAGUUCUGCAGCCUCCUUCAGCAGUAUGCCCAGGGUGCCGGUUCCCUUAGAGAUGCUUUUCAGGAAGAGACUAAAGGGUCUCCUAAUGCUUUAGAAAUCGGUGAGCUGAAUUGUCCUACACAGAUGCUCUCAGUAACACCUCCACCACAAGACCUAAGGAUGCAGGUUGACAGCCCUGAGAGUGAGACUGUCUCCCAGUUGCCAGACAGGGAGGCUUCCAAAUCUACACUAGAGGAAAUGGCUUCUGUGGGACCAGAUGUUUCUCUUCCUAGAAAAGAGCCUAAAAUCGAAGCGAUUUCCCCAAGUAAUGUACCUAAGACAACUGUAGAUGAUUCGCUAAACUGGGGGAAAAGAGGGAAGGAACUGGUAAGACAAAUCCUGCAGACCCCAUCACUGCUUCAGGAAAAAGGUGCUGGAGAAGAAAAGACCAAGAGUCAUCAACAGCCUUCGAAAGGAGGAAGCAGUGAUCCCUCUGGUCUCCCAUCCCACUCAGAAGGUAAUGUUGAAAAUUCCCAAACUAGGAGAGAUUCAGGAAGGUGUGCCCGUGGCUUGACCACUCUCUCAACAGGAAAUGGAUGGUAUGCUCGGAGAGAUCACGUGGCUGCAGCUGUAGGUGACCGUUCUAGUAGGUCACAGCCUAGGGAAACCAGUGGGACAACUGGGCCAGACUGCCAAAACCUGACCGACAAAAUGCUCCCUGACUCAGAGAGCCAAGCCUUUGCUCUAAGGCCAGCAUUGCAUAAGCGGCAGCUUGCUGAAGACGCUCAGACUGGGGGAGCAGGUCUGCCGUCGGAACCCAGGCAGGCAGAAAGUCAGGAAAUGAAUACAGCAGAGAUGAGGAAGGUUGAAGAUGGAGAACAAAUGUUGUCACAGGAUCAAACUUUACUUCCUGGAGGAAAUCUUAAAAAUAAAACCAACACCGAUGACCUAGAAACAAGAGACAGAUACUCAGGUAAACACAGAUUGGCAGCCAUAUCUAAUGCAAGCAAAAAGAUCCCAGCUAAGGAUUUAAGUUCCAGAAAACAUGUAGCUACAAUCUUCUCCCGAAGUGAAAGCGGAUCUGGCUUUAGGAGGCUAUCUCUUUGUAGACCAGAGGGCAACCCACUGUCCCCUGAACCUACUGUAAAACCCUCAGAGCCCACAGACGAAAGCAGCGUGAGGAACGUGGACAAAUCUGAGAGCCUUCUCCAGGCGGCCACAGUAUCUAGCCCUGGACCUCCUGGUCAGUCCCGCAGUCAAAAGUCUGCUAACGUUUUGCAACCGCAUCUGAAUGGGUCACACGGUGUCUUAGAAACACCCCCAAAGAGCGAGGACUCUAAAGCACAGAUUGUAGGAGAGUUGGUAGCCCCAGCCAGCCCCUUGGAGAAAAGCUCCGGCCGUCAGCGGAGGUUAAGUCCUCCUUCCCCCCUAGAGCCUACACAGAAACCUACAGUGAGCUCCCACUGUCAGCUGUUGCGGCACACGAGUGCCCCAUCUCCAGACUCGGAACCCGAGCCACCCCUCUACAGGUCAAAGAGUUUAAGAAACUUCAACGUGCAAAGCCCUCCUCCCAAAGCCAGGGGACGCCACUUCUCUGAAAACACUUCCAUUGACAAUGCCCUGAGCCAACUGUCCCUCGAAGAUGGCUCCUUCCCCAACAGCAGGUACAGUCGAAGAUUCAAAUCGUUUUCUGAGCUUCCUGCCUCUUACGAAAGUGAAAGCUGGUCUUCAUAUAACAAUAGGACACGAGGUCCCAAGUCCACCUCAUCCAUUUCCAGGCCGAUUGACUAUGGAAUUUUUGGGAAAGAGCAGCAGUUGGCUUUCUUGGAGAAUGUCAAGCGCUCACUCACACAGGGAAGAUUGUGGAAGCCAAGUUUCCUCAAGAACCCUGGCUUCCUCAAGGAUGACGUUCUUAAUGCUGCACAGUCAGAGCUGCUAAAUUCUCCUGAAGGUCAGGCGCCAGAGGAUGGCUUAUUGCCGAGCGAACCACUUAAUAUCUACAGGGACGACCCAGUGGACCCACUGGACUCAGACUGGGACACAGACACCACCACAGAUGAUGAGUACUACCUGGAUGAAAAUGAUAAAGAGUCAGAACUAUGAGACUUUUGUGAGAAACUGCACAGUAUAACCCUUUCACGUUUUGCUUUUUACCAAAACCUUACCGUGGAAAUUAGUCCAAUAAUUAUAGACAGGUCAAAGAGAUCUGGUUUGGGUAGUGUCCAGAUCUUUUCUGUUCCAUUUGUUUUCCCUUCUGAAUUCUAAGACAGUGCUCACUGUUCUUGAAGGGUUGCGUGUGUGUGUUUUUUCUGCUAUGUUUUUCCUGGUGUGUUUGAACUUUGCCUUCCUUUGUCUCUUCCCCCAGCCUUAUCUCUAAGCCACUUUCCAAUGUUAGCACAAUUGUCCUCAUCAUAACUUCUCUCACCUCUAAUAGUUUGGGGACGUGUUCGACCUUGUAAACUUGUUCAUUACCCAGCACAGAUGCAAAACUGAAUUUCCUCUCUCUGUCCACAGCCUGAAUUGAAGAUAUGAAAAUAUGACAUAGGGAAGGCAAUAGUGGGGUAAAAUGCUGUCACUGUGUGCAUAUGUUUAUGCAGUGUCUGCAGAGGCUAGAAGAGGACAUUGGAGCCCCCAGAAUGGGAGGAGCAGAUGGUUGUUAGGGGUCACAUGGGCGCUGGGAGCCACAGCUGGGUCCUCUGCGGGAGCUGCAAGUGCUCUUAGCCACCGAGUUCUCUCCAGCCACAAGACACACGGGCAUCUCUGUUAUGCCCUGUUGUGUGGGCAUCCUUGCACUUCUGUAGUGGACACAUUUGAGGACACGUUAGGUUAUAAAUGAAGGGUGAGU